GAAGAGAAAAUCAGGGAGGGAGGGGAGAUAUAGAUACAGAAGAAAUCACACUGUUUGAAUAUGCAAUCAGUUUGGCAGCUACAAUGACUGAGCCACAUCAUCUGAGCAGAGGAGAGUGAGUGUUCUUGUAUCUGUGAGUGGGAGAGAUCGAGAUCAGGAGUGAGAAAGGCAAAAACCGACAGAGUGAAGGAAAGGGGGAAGGAGGGAGAGUAACUGUGCAGCUCUGAGGCGUUCCAUCAUCUACCAAAGUCCUGCAGCUUCCCUCUUCCUCCUCUUCCUCCUCCUCCUCCUCCUCCUUCUCUCCUGAAGAGAGAGCAACAGAGAAAGGACAAGCAAGAGAGAGAGAGAGAAAGAGAGAGGGAGCAACAGAGAGAGAGAGUGAGAGAGUCACGCUUACAAGCCAGCAGAGAAGAGACGUCAAGAGGAGGAUCUACAAAGGGAAAAAAAAAUCCUUCUCUCUUCUGCUGCCUCUCUUCGUGCAUCCUACCGGCAGCGAAGAAGAGCAAAGAGGAGCGAAGAGGAGCGAGGAGGAUCUGGCUGGCAUAUUUCUACACUGCUUCCCCGCGGUUUCUGUGGCUGUAUCACAGUGCGUGGAUCGCAGGGUGAGCUGCCGAGAGCUCAUUCGGUGACAUCGCUCCGCAGCAGAAGAGCACUGUAGAGAAGCCAGGAUGCUUAACAACCUGACCGACACAGAGGAGGGGGACGGGGGAGCGCAAAGCCAGGGUGAUAGUAACCCCAAGGAGAGCAGCCCCUUCAUCAACAGCAGUGAUGUUGCCGCAGAAAAGAGCCAGCAGUAUGACGGCAAGAACAUGGCCUUGUUUGAGGAGGAGAUGGACACUAGUCCUAUGGUGUCGUCUCUUCUCAGCAGCCUGGCCAACUACUCCAACUUACCCCAAGGCAGCAAGGAGCACGAGGAGGCUGAAAACAACGAGGCUGAGUCAUCACGCAAGAAACCGGUCAAGGCUCCCCAGCUCGGCACUCUGAUGGGUGUCUAUUUGCCGUGCAUCCAGAACAUCUUUGGCGUCAUCCUCUUCCUCAGGAUGACCUGGUUGGUGGGCAUCGGAGGCGUCAUCGGGACUUUCAUCAUCGUCUUCAUGUGCUGUACCACAACCAUGUUGACUGCCAUCUCUAUGAGUGCCAUCGCUACCAAUGGAGUAGUGCCAGCUGGAGGCUCCUACUAUAUGAUAUCCCGUUCGCUGGGUCCUGAGUUUGGUGGAGCAGUGGGGAUCUGUUUCUAUUUGGGGACCACCUAUGCUGGGGCCAUGUACAUCCUGGGAGCCAUCGAGCUUCUCUUGAUCUACAUAGUGCCCAAAGCCGCCAUCUUUCCCCUGGAGGGUCUGGAAGGUGCCGAGGCGGAAGCUGCGCUGCUGAACAACAUGCGCGUCUAUGGGACCAUCCUGUUGACCUCCAUGGCCACGGUGGUGUUUGUUGGUGUGAAGUACGUCAACAAGCUGGCUCUCGUGUUCCUGGCUUGCGUCAUCCUCUCCAUCUUGGCUGUUUACGCCGGAGUCAUCAAGACGGCCGUCGACCCUCCUGACUUCCCUGUGUGUGUCUUGGGGAACCGUACCUUGGUGUGGAAGACCUUUGACGUAUGCGCCAAGACCAUUGAGACAGCCAAUGGGACAGUCACCACCCAGCUGUGGCAGAUGUUCUGUGAUUCACCGUUCCUUAAUGCUACCUGUGACAAGUACUUUGCAAGCAACAAUGUGACUCAGAUCCAGGGCAUCCCAGGGGUCACCAGUGGCAUCCUGUCAGAGAACCUGUUUGGAAACUACUAUGACAAAGGGGACCUGAUUGCCAGAAAAUAUAUGGAGUCAGCGGAGGACCCAGAUGAUUCCUUGACCAACGUAAACCGUUAUGUGUUGGCUGAUAUCACCAGCUUCUUCACACUGUUGGUUGGAAUCUACUUCCCCUCUGUGACAGGGAUCAUGGCCGGUUCCAACCGCUCUGGAGACCUGCGUGAUGCCCAGAAGUCAAUUCCCAUUGGAACCAUCGCAGCCAUCACCACCACCUCCACCGUCUACAUGUCCAGUGUGGUUCUCUUCGGUGCCUGCAUCGAGGGUGUGGUCCUCAGGGACAAGUUUGGUGAAGGAGUGCAUGGUAACCUGGUUAUUGGCACGUUGGCUUGGCCAUCACCAUGGGUGAUUGUGAUUGGCUCCUUCUUCUCCACCUGCGGGGCAGGCCUUCAGAGUCUGACAGGAGCUCCCCGCCUCCUCCAAGCCAUCGCCAAAGAUGGCAUCGUACCUGCCCUUCGAAUCUUUGGCCAUGGGAAGGCCAAUGGAGAGCCCACAUGGUCCCUCCUGCUGACAGCCUGUAUCUGUGAGAGCGGCAUCCUCAUUGCCUCCCUGGAUUCUGUGGCUCCCAUCCUCUCCAUGUUCUUCUUGAUGUGCUACAUGUUUGUGAACCUGGCCUGUGCCCUGCAGACGCUGCUGCGAACUCCCAACUGGAGACCUCGCUUCAAGUUUUACCACUGGGCUCUGUCCUUCCUGGGGAUGAGUUUGUGUCUCACUCUUAUGUUCCUCUGCUCCUGGUACUACGCCAUCGUCGCCAUGGCAAUUGCCGGCUCUAUCUACAAGUAUAUCGAGUUUGCAGGAGCAGAGAAGGAGUGGGGUGACGGUAUACGAGGCCUGUCUCUGAGUGCUGCACGUUAUGCUCUAAUGCGGCUGGAGGAAGGCCCCCCACACACCAAAAACUGGAGGCCUCAGCUGCUGGUGCUGGUUAGUACAGAUGCUGAACAAAACAUAGAGCAGCCUCGUCUGCUGUCUCUGACCAACCAGCUCAAGGCAGGCAAAGGUCUGACCAUUGUCGGGACGGCCCUCGAGGGCACUUUCCUGGAGAACCAUGAGCAGAGCCAACGUGCCGAGCAGGCGCUGCGUAAACUGAUGGAGACGGAGAAGGUGAAGGGCUUCUGUCAAGUAACUGUGUCUUCGAACCUGCGUGAUGCAACGUCUCAUCUGCUCCAGGCCAGCGGUCUGGGAGGAUUGAAACAUAACGCUGUCCUCGUCUCAUGGCCACGCAACUGGAAGCAGGGAGACGAGCACCAGACCUGGAGGAACUUUGUUGAGUUGGUCAGAGAAACCACCGCUGCUCACCUGGCUCUGCUUGUCCCCAAGAACAUCUCGGCCUUCCCGUCCAACGGCGAACGUUUCACUGAGGGUCACAUUGACGUGUGGUGGAUUGUCCAUGAUGGAGGCAUGCUGAUGCUGCUGCCCUUCCUGCUCCGCCAGCACAAGGUUUGGAGGAAGUGCAAGAUGCGCAUCUUCACUGUGGCUCAGAUGGACGAUAACAGCAUUCAGAUGAAGAAGGACCUGACCACAUUCCUCUAUCACCUCCGUAUUGAUGCUAUGGUGGAAGUUGUAGAAAUGCAUGAGAGUGACAUAUCAGCCUACACUUAUGAGAAGACCUUGGUGAUGGAGCAACGGUCGCAGAUGCUUAAACAGAUCAAUCUGACCAAGAACGAGCGUGAGAGAGAGAUCCAGAGCAUUACUGAUUCAUCCCGUGGGUCUAUCCGCCGCAAGAACCCGGCUGCUGUGACCACCCAGCUGAGUGUGACUGAGGACCCACCGGCCGCCAGCAAGGAGGAGAAGCCUGAGGAAGAGUCAAAGUCGGCCUCUUCCCCUGUGCCCCCCCCUGCCCAGGUCCAGCUCAUCCACGACAACACCACCCCUGCCAGCCCCGUGACCCCGGCCACCCCGCUGACCCCAGAAGGGGCUCAGAGCCCUGGGGAGCAGGUCCAGAUGACCUGGACUGAGAAGUGUGACGGUGAGCCUGCCAAGCCGCCCGGAGCCGCCACACCAGAAGGCAUCAAAGACAUCUUCAACAUGAAGCCCGAGUGGGAGAACCUGAACCAGUCCAAUGUGCGGCGUAUGCAUACAGCACUCCGGCUGAAUGAAGUCAUCCUCAAAAAGUCCUCAGAGGCCAAGCUGGUCCUCCUCAACAUGCCCGGACCGCCCAAGAACCGGACAGGGGACGAGAACUACAUGGAGUUCCUUGAGGUCCUCACUGAGGGUCUUAACCGGGUCCUUCUGGUCCGCGGAGGCGGGCGCGAGGUCAUCACUAUCUACUCUUGAAAGAUCAACCCCACCUCUACCCCCGACCCCGCCCCUCCCCAUUCUGUUCCUUUGUCACUUGUCCUCCUGACCCCUCAUCACCACUGCUUCACCAUCAUCAUCCUCAUCAGCGCCGCCCCUUCGUGUUUAUUUUCUGUAAUCGUCCUCUCACACCCGUCCGAUAACCCAGCUCAGCUUCAGCGUCUCUUCCUCAGCUUCAUCCACAGCAAACUGAGCAACAGUAUCACGCGUUCAGCUGUCAUUGUAGUCCAAUAAGCUAGUAUAACUAUUGUAGGCUCUAGACCUAUUUAGAUGCUGUAUAGAUUUGUUCUGAAAGAGUUUUUUUUUUUUUUUUUAGUAUGUAAUCCACUGUUAAAUCUCACAGCUUGAAGUCACACACUGUAAGGAGGUGGUUGGUGGUGGGCGUGGGUUUGUUAGCUGAGGUAUGAGCGCACAUGCAUGUAUGUGUCUGUCAUUGUUUUAAUCUCUUAAGAUCCUUCUUUUUUUUCUGAAGAAGAGAAAAAAAAAAGUGUUUGGCAUAGAAGCAGGAGAGGCAGCUGAAACGAGCUGAACGUAGGUUCUGUCUGUGUAGAUCCCUCGCGGUGAACGGACGCCACCUACUGCGUUCCAGACUUGUCAUCUUUUGAUAUUGGUAUCUUUCAAGGCAAAAAAAAAAAAAGUAAUUAAAUAAAUAAAAAAGACAUUGCUACCCACUGUCACGACCACCAGCUGGAAGGAGCGGAAUAUUAGUAUGAACUGUGAAAUUCACACGGAAGACCAGAUCAGACCUGCAGUAUUUAUUAUACUCUUUAACCUGAUCGUUCCUCAGCAUGACAUCCUAAUAACUGUGUGUUUUUACUUCACUUGUUCUGUUAACUGCCGUCACCGUCUUUCUACUCGUUUCCUUUCAUUUCUUAGUGGCUGUUUAUCCCUGUAGCCACUGUUAGUGCCAAAAAAACAAAAAAAAAAACAACAACAAGGCUAGCUUAGUUUGUAGAGAUUGACACGUAAUUAAACUGUGAAUAGUGUGUUUCCUAGCAGAAGGCUGGUGUGACAGCAGAGCGGGCAGACAGUACAACCCCUGAGGAGAUUAUCAUCGCCAGCACCCCUCGACCCUCGUGUGGAUCACUGUAAAUAAUGUACAAGCUCUGACGCGUUGUUCGGUAUGAGUGUAGUAUUUUGUGACAUACUAAAAAGCUUCUAGUGGAGAGAAAAACGUUCCUUCGCUCAAAGGGACAGCUCAAAAAUGCUGUUUUUAAAAACUUAAUGAAUUAAUUAAUUUAUUUAUUGGAUGGCAUAGGCUCCUGUCACUAUGGUAACUGUCAUUGUAACCUCGACAAAGCACUGCACCUGCACUGUCCGCCACUGUGCAACAAGUGAAUUCUUUUUUUGUUACUGAUGAUGAACGCCAUUGAGAUCAUCAAUGGGGGGAAGAAAAAAAAAACAAAACCUAAAUGUUAUUUUUUCAUCUAUAGAACAAAUAUGUAUUUAUGUUUGUAGACAGAACACAUAUUGAUUAAAUAGUUCUAUAUCAUUUUGUCACACAAAGAUAUAUUGUUGUUUUGCCAAAUUUAGAUACAUUCAAUGUGCCAUAAUCAAAGUAUUUUUCAAAGAGAACAAAAUUCUAUUGAUUAAAGUGGAACAAAGUGCUAAAAACAAAGAAAAGGACCUGAGGCGUCUACGUGAAACUAGUAGGAGGAUGAUUGUAGUCGGAGAUUAAUCGAGGAAUAGAUGUUCAACCAAUGAAUCCGACCGACGCGCUGUUUUAGAAAAAGGCUCAUCAGGUUUUUCCCAGAGGCAAGGUUUGAACAUCUAUUGACCGACUGAUUGAUUUUAUUGAUUAUAGGGGCCAGUUUAAAUAAAAGAGUAGAGAGGACAAUGGCUUCUGUAGCUAGGAAACUCACUUUGUCCACAAGACUGAACUCUAUGCAGUAGACUCUACAGUGAGAUUUUAUAUCCUCUAGAUUGGUUUAAGAUUUGAGCCACACAUGUCCCUGACUGAAUGACUUGUGAGAAAAUCAUUAUUUAGGUUUCAAAGUGCAUCUUGGAAGGAAUGUGCAAUAGUCAAAAAUCCGGACUCAUGUGAUCAUGUUAUUUAUUUUUUUACACAUAUAUUUUGUAUAUGUAGAUUUCGUAAGUCUUAUAGAUCCAGAAUCAUCUCAAUCUGACCAAGGACAGUUGUCACUUUACUUUAAUUCUUUCUGUUUCUUUUAUUGAAGAAACAGUUUCUGGUCAUUUGCACUUGUAGUAGAGAUAUAAAUAUAAAUAAAUGCGUAUAAAUAUAUAUAUAUAAAUAUAUAUAUAUACAUAUAGUAUAUACAAUAUAAAGAAGCAAAACAAAUUAGUUUCUAGAACUAUUUAAAACAGUAGUAAAUGUUUUUAGUGUUGCUUGAAUGUCGGACCAUACGUUGUGAAUGCUGCUAGUAUCAAUAGAUUUAUUUGUACUGUAAAUAGAGAAUAAAGCAACAUUAAAGAUCAAGUGAAAAGGGUAUAGACAUACAUAUCAGUGGUGGUGGUCGUCUAACAAGACAAGGCUGUACCUGUAAACAUUUGGCCUAUGAUCUCCGGACAGGGUUCUGUUUUAUUACAAAAAUAUAUUGAAGACCUUGAUGCAAUAUUACUCUUAACAAAUCCUCUGUCAUUUUAUUCUUAUUUUAAAAAAAAAUAAAUAAAUAAUAAUAAUACAUGAAAGCUCUCUUGAUUAUUUCAAUCUUGAAUCCCAUAAGUAAAGUGAACCAAUUUUGAGAUAAAAGAUUAUUUAAGUCGUUUACUGAAAGUUACCAAAAUGUGUUUGACUAUAUUGAAUAUUUAUGCUUUAUCUGCUAAGUGUUACCGUUUGCAAAGUUUUAAUAUACAUGUACCUUUGACACCGGUUAUACUGACAAUACAGAAGCAGCCAGAUCCUAGAUUUCUGAGUGCCAAGUCAUGAUGAUUUUCUUUAAAACACUUGCCACACUUGAUCCUGACAAAGGGGUAGUUUAACUCUCACAUCAGUUUUUGAAGAACAUGGCUAUUUUUGGGAUUGUCUCCACUACAUUGCCUGCAUCAACUGAGCCUUUUAAAUUUAUUCAAA